AAUCGAUUCCGAUUCCAACACGUCUCCGUGUGGUGCAGAAACCACUGUUCUAUCACUCGUGGUGUGUGAUAUAGAUUUCUGCGAGGCUCGUCUUAUUUGAGAUCGGUUCAGAGAGCUGCUGUGAUCAUGGCGGAGAGCAGUCUCCACGUUGUUCUGUUCCCAUGGCUGGCCUUUGGCCACUUGAUACCCUUCCUCGAGCUCUCCAAGUCGUUAGCCAAAAGAUGCCACCAUGUCUUCUUCCUAUCGACCCCAAGAAACAUCAGCAGGCUCCCCAAACUCCCUCCCUCUUUAGCUCCAUCCAUAGACUUCGUCCGCAUCCCUUUGCCGCCAUGCGAGGGCCUCCCCGACGGCGCAGAGGCCACCAGCGACCUCCCACAGGAGAAGGUCAAAUACCUCAACAAGGCCUUCGAUGGCCUCGAGCAGUCCGUGGCCGAGUUCCUCGUGCAGACGUCUCCGAAGCCCAGCUGGAUCAUCCAUGACUACGCUCCAUAUUGGCUGCCUCUGAUUGCAACCAGGGUGGGCGUCCCGUGCAUCUUCUUCAACACGUUCCCGUCCUUCGUCAGCGCGUUCUUCACGGGACCAGGUGGAAGAGGGAUGCAGCGGCCCGUCGAGGCGUUCACUACGCCGCCGGAGUGGAUCCCCUUUCCGACCAAACUGGCUUAUCGAGCGUACGAGGCCCGCAGCCUUAGCGACCACGUGAAGCGAGACGACGUCUCGGGAGUGUCGCUGGUGCGUCGAAUCGAGAUGGUUGGCAAGGGAUGCGAGCUCAUGGCCGUACGCGCGUGCACCGAGUUCGAACGUGAAUGGUUAAGCCUUCUUCGAGAGCACAACGAGAAGCCGGUGAUUCCAGUAGGCCUACUUCCUCCUUCGAUCAAGGACCGGAGUGGCGAGGCGAACCAGGGUGCCAACACAGGGGACAUCUUCCUCUGGCUGCGCGAUCAAGCUCCUGGAUCUGUUCUUUACAUUGCCUUGGGGAGCGAGGUCGCGCUAAGCGCGGAGCUGCUGCGCGAGCUGGCCUUUGGAGUGGAACAGGGCGGCCUGCCAUUCCUCUGGGCUCUCAGGAGGCCGGACGACAUGGAAGCGUUGCCGGAAGGGUUCGAGGAGCGACUCAAGGGGCGCGGUGUCGUCGCCUUUGGGUGGAUUCCUCAGCUCCAGGUUCUGGCGCACGAAUCCGUGGGCGGAUUCCUGACGCACUGCGGCUGGGGAUCUCUCAUCGAAGGCCUCGCCUUCGGCCGCCCGCUCGUCCUCCUACCCAUUGCUUUUGACCAAGGCCUUAAUGCGCGACUCAUGGAGGAGAAAUCGUUGGGUGUGGAGAUAGGAAGAGACGAGGAAGACGGGUCUUUCACAAGGGAAGCAGUGGCGCACGCAAUUGGACUGGUUAUGGCGGAGGAAGCAGGGAAGAAAAUUAGAGACGCCGCCAAGGAGAUGAAAGAUGUGUUUGGCGAUACAGAAUGCCAUGAAAAGUACGUGGAUGAGUUUGUUCAGUAUCUGCAACAUCAUAAUAAUUAGAUGUAAAGCAAUCUUGGACUUGUUUAAUUCAGGUCAACGCUCGACCGACAUCCAACGCAAACUAAUUGAAUCUUUUGAGCUGUGAUAUCACACAGGAC